AUGGACAUUAGAAGCUUGUCACCCUCUGAACAGAGUUUUCCUAGAAUUCACAAGGUGGGAGUUCCCCCUAAGCAAAGCCUCUUGAAGGAGUUCACGGCCACUGUGAAGGAAACAUUCUUCGCUGAUGAUCCUCUGCGUGCCUUCAAGGAUCAAUCACGGUCUCGAAAAUUCACCCUAGGCAUGCAGACCAUUUUCCCCAUUCUUGAAUGGGGGCGAGGUUAUAAUUUAACAAAAUUUAGAGGGGAUCUCAUUGCAGGACUCACCAUUGCAAGCCUCUGCAUUCCUCAGGAUAUCGGGUAUGCAAAGCUUGCGAAUUUGGCUCCCCAGUAUGGGUUGUACUCCAGCUUUGUUCCACCAUUGAUUUAUGCCGUCAUGGGUAGUUCACGCGAUAUAGCCAUAGGGCCGGUGGCCGUGGUGUCACUCUUGUUAGGAACUUUGCUCGAGAACGAGAUUGAUCCCACUACAAAUGCAGCUGAAUAUCGGCGACUUGCAUUUACAGCUACUUUAUUUGCCGGGAUCACUCAAGCUACACUUGGGUUUUUCAGAUUGGGUUUCUUAAUUGACUUCCUAUCCCAUGCUGCCAUUGUUGGAUUCAUGGGUGGAGCUGCCAUUACAAUCGCUCUCCAACAGCUCAAAGGUUUUCUUGGAAUCACGAAUUUCACAAAGAAAACUGAUAUUGUUUCUGUAAUGAAAUCAGUGUGGGGUUCUGUUCAUCAUGGAUGGAACUGGCAGACUAUAGUAAUUGGAGUGGUCUUUUUGGCGUUUCUUCUAUUUGCGAAGUACAUUGGAAAGAAGAACCAUAAAUUUUUUUGGGUACCAGCAAUUGCUCCAUUGAUCUCUGUCAUCCUGUCCACCUUUUUUGUAUACAUCACUCGUGCAGACAAGCAAGGUGUUCAAAUUGUGAAGCAUAUAGAGAAAGGAAUUAAUCCUUCAUCCGUGAAUGAAAUAUAUUUUUCCGGAAAAUAUGUUAUAAAAGGUUUUAAGAUCGGUGUCGUGGCUGGUAUGAUAGCAUUAACGGAAGCUGUGGCAAUUGGAAGAACAUUUGCUUCCAUGAAGGAUUAUCAGCUGGACGGAAACAAAGAAAUGGUGGCACUAGGAACAAUGAAUAUUGUUGGCUCGAUGACAUCCUGCUAUGUGGCAACUGGUUCCUUCUCUCGCUCGGCAGUUAAUUACAUGGCUGGCUGCCAAACUGCAGUUUCGAACAUUGUGAUGUCCUUCAUGGUAUUCCUAACCUUAUUAUUCAUCACACCCCUAUUUAAGUAUACCCCAAAUGCCAUUCUUGCUGCCAUCAUUAUAUCUGCAGUCCUUGGCCUGAUCGACUAUGAGGCAACAAUUUUGAUAUGGAAGAUCGAUAAAUUUGAUUUCGUUGCCUGCAUGGGAGCCUUUCUUGGUGUGAUUUUUGUCAAUGUUGAGAUAGGUCUCUUGAUUGCGGUCGCAAUAUCCUUCGCUAAAAUCCUCCUCCAAGUUACAAGGCCAAGGACAGCUCUUCUUGGGAGGAUUCGCGGGACAACUGUUUACAGGAACAUCCAACAAUAUCCAGAAGCAUCUAAGGUUCCGGGCAUUUUGAUUGUGAGAGUUGAUUCUGCAAUCUACUUUUCUAACUCCAACUAUCUCAAGGAGAGGAUAUUGAGAUGGUUGACUGACGAAGAAGAGCAAUUAAAAGCAGCAUACCAACCUAAAAUACAAUUUUUGAUUGUUGAGAUGUCACCCGUUAAUGACAUUGACACCAGUGGCAUCCAUGCCUUGGAAGAGCUACACACGAGUCUCCAAAAGAGAGAUAUUAAGCUUGUUCUGGCAAAUCCAGGGCCAGUGGUGAUUGACAAGCUACACGCAUCCGAUUUUGCCAAUGUGAUUGGUGAGGACAAGAUCUUCCUCACCGUGGCAGACGCCGUGCUAACCUGUUCACCGAAAUCGACGGAAGAGGUAUGAGAUGCGAAAUGGAAAAACAAGUAGCCACUGAGAGAGUGGGGCAUAUAGUGUUAGUGUGACAGAGAACAUAUAUAUAAUGUUGGAAAAAAUGAGGGCUUUGGUGUAGUUGAGUAGUGGCUGGUGGGAUUGUCAUAAAGGUUUCAUGUGGAGUGCAGAGUCCUAAUCCACAAGAAAAGGCGUGCACACGUUUUGAAGGGGUUUUUGUUUUCCUUGUUCUUGCUUUAUACAUUUUCCUGUUCACCAGAUAGAAGGACCAAGGUCUGUAUAUUGCUUUAUACAUUUUCCUGUUCAUUCUACUCGAAGCCACUGUUACUUGAUUUGAAGCUAGCAUCAGGUUCUUGACUGCAUUGGCAUUUGAUCAAUAAAUUUUCAUACAUCAGGAUGAUGAAUUUGAAGAAAUGUCCAUAGAAUAAAUUACUAAGUGCCACAGAGUUCGUGUUGCGCACUUCAAUUGAGAGUAGAUGGUUAAUGCCAAGAACAUGUUAGUAGUAUAAAACUGCAAUCUUCUUUCACUGCAGCUCUUCUGCUAUUGUGGGAGGACAUAGGGGUGUGUAUAUAUACGUAUAUAUAUAGAGAGACAGAGAGGAGGAGGAGAGGAACGAGGUUAGAUUUGAUUCAUACUAUCGUCAAUUUUUGGGGUUGGAUGACAGGGUGAAAUGGAAACCUGGCCGGUGCUGUGAAAUUUUGAACAUUCUGGAAGUUUUGCAGAAGGAAAGUCCGGAAAAUGAAUGAUCGGGGAUGGUUUGGAAUAGGGGUAGGGCUGCUGCUUGUUUCACUAGUUGCCUUCCG